GAAUUUAUUAAUUCAACAUGCGAAAGUCUGGCGUUCGAUAAACAGGUAGAAAACCAAAUGGUUAAGUCAGCCGAUGGCAGGAGCCUUAACAUUGAAGUGUUCUUACUUUUGCCUCAUUUGUAUGGUUUGUGAAGCUUGGGCUAACAGCUGCAUUUGUUCAUAUCAUGUUCGUUUGGUGGAAAAUAGUUUACCUAACGCUGGUCGAGUAGAAGUGUAUUAUAACAAUUAUUGGAGGUCUAUAUGUGACACUAGCUGGGACCUACAGAAUGCUCAUGUCAUUUGCAGAAUGCUUGGAUAUGAACAAGGUGCUAUUGCAGCCAUUCGAGGGUUUCAAGGCUCGGAUGACUUUUGGUUGUCGGGAGUAAACUGUACAGGAAAUGAAACCACUAUUGAAAGCUGUAAGAAUUUGAAAUGGGGCAAUAGGAACUGUACUAACAGUCGAGCUGGCGUUGUUUGCACGUCAGAUCAUCGUCGAGACGUAGCUGUUCGUCUGGUUAAUGGGAGCAGCCCAAAUUCAGGUCGAGUGGAGGUUCGAUAUUUUGGAGUCUGGGGCACAGUAUGCCACGAUACUUGGGAUUCACGAGAUGCUCACGUGGUCUGUCGUAUGUUAAACUAUAGCAAAGCAUCUUGGGCAGGAACUUCUAAGGUUCAAGGAAGUGGUCCUAUUCUACUGGAUGAUAUUAAGUGUCUUGGUAAUGAGAAAUCCCUUGAGGACUGUUUUAUUACCCAGUGGGGAAGACAUGAUUGUUACCAUCAUGAAGAUGCUGCUGUCACCUGCGAAAACGCCACGCAAGGUAAGUUUCAUUUUUAACACGUACAACCUCGUGUUGUUCUGCCAGAAAGA